ACUCCGACAACCGAAAAGAUGUGCCCGUGUUGAACUGUUUAAUUCAUAAAAACCUAUUUAAUAAAAUCUCAAUUUGAACAGUUAAAUCCAUCAUAAAAACUCUUUAAUAUGUUUUUGGUUUUUAAUAGAAGUGUAGUUGCUUUGUGUUCUUUUAUAUUAUCAGUGAACAUUGAUUCUGUAACGUAAUUGUUUAGUGUUAGUGACUUUAUUCGUAAAAUUUAAAGAUACUUUUUGCCAGUGACGUUCUUUUUAAAAGAUGAAUAUAUCAAUCCUAAAAUAAACCCAAAACUGUAGUUGGUACCGUACUGCAGUGUCAACAUGAAUAUUUGGUUUAAAGGAUUCAGGACGAACUUAAAUUAUUUUAUCUCGGUGUUAUCUCAUUUGCAUGGCAGUACUUGAAAUUUGUGUUUAGGGUCGGUUGGUAGGACUUUUUCAUUAUGAAACGACAAAAGUGAACUAAAAUCGUCACCGUGGAGCAUCUGGUUGGAGGAGGUGGCGCGGGCGGCUUGCUGCCCGGCGCUUCGCCCGCCCAGCAUCCGCCUAAUAUGCUACAGCCUAUGGAGGAAAUGAUUCUACCUCCCAAACGACAAGCUGUUGUAGACCGCUUAAGGCGUAGGAUAGAAACUUAUCGACGACGCCAGUCCGAGUGCGUACCAAGGUUCGAUCAGUCGUUCAGCGGAGCAUGCGAACAGCAAAACCUGGAGACGAGCGCCCUGCAGAAGCGCUUUCUUGAAGGAAAAGCAAAACGGCAAGCCAAGAAAAGCGAACGCAAACCUGAUCUUCCAGCCAUUUCGAGCAAUCUACACAGUAGCGUUGUCCAUGUACAACAAAAAUUUGGAUGUGGUGAUUAUGAACCUCCGGCAAAGCUUCAAUGUGGGGGUGGAGGAGUCACUGGCGAGGCACUCACCAAAUUCUCGGUUGAAAUAGUUCAACAGCUCGAGUUCACAACUUCGGCAGCUGAUUCGCAACCGCAGCAGAUAUCCACAAAUGUCACCGUAAAGGCGCUCGCCAAUGCUGUAAAGACCUCUAGCUCUCCGCCCCCGCAGCAGCCCCCGCCGCGGAUCCCCACGCCCUUAGACUGCGAACGAGAGUGCAAGGCCGAAUGUAAAUCUGAAGUUGCGGAUGAUGAGUUCGUCGGGCUCGACGAGUGCGCAGCGGCUCUUGAACGCGAUGCGGCUUCAGCAUUCCCCGGCCUCGCAGACCUGAUAGGUGAAGACGACGGCGAUGAUACGUUCGAGGACCUUAUCACUGAAAUAUCCGAGUACCCUGAGUUCAUGAAAGAUUUCGAUUUGGAUGCGGGCAAAUUUAAUGGAGGGGGCAUCGGCUUGGAGCCGCCUGAAGGGGAAACGGCCCCGAGACCGUACGGCGGGGGAGAGAUGUCACCGGCAGCUCAGACUUUGAAGCACAUGGCCGAGCAACACCAGCAGGCGACUGGCGGAGACUGGGCCCGCUACCGAGGCUACGGUUACCGUCCGCGACAUACGCCGCCUCCCAUCGAUCACUUGCAUAUGUCGCAGCAGCAACAGUUGCAUGUUACACAGCCACACCACAACCUACAGGUGUCGGCGGCGCAGCACAUGCAAGUGAGCGGCGCGGGGGGCGGCGGGCACGUGUCAGUGGCUGCCCAGCAGGGCAUGUACGCCAGUUUCCAGCACCAGGGCGCUCCGCCCCAGCAACACCAUCAAGGUAAUGGCUGCGAUUCGUAUUCAAUGUCACAAUCGCAGAGCAUCAAUUUCUCGCAAGCGAUGAGAGCGAGGCAGCCUAGCGCCGCCCAGCAGAACUCCACGCCCGGUCCUGGCCCAACACCGCUCGGAGUAGCAGCAGCGGGUAUAUCGCGCGAGCAACAAGCCAAAAUGCUGCAGCAACAGCAACAACAGAUGCUGCGCGCCCAACAGCAGCAGAUGAGGCCGCCACCGCCGGAAUACAAGGCGCGGUACGGCGGCGUGGGUGGCGCCGUGGGGGGUUCGGUUGGGGGGCCAGUGGGGGGCGCGGUGGGGGGCAUGCGUCGUGCGGCGCCGCGCCCCUACCCGCAACACCCGCGCCAGUACUCGCCCGAGUGGAGGCACGUGCUCAUGCAGCAGCAGGCUGCAUCCAGACAACAGUUCCCUCAUCAUCACCAAGGUUUCGGCAUGGGCGGUGGCAUGGGCGGCGGCAUCACCCAGCAACAGCAGCAACAGAUGCAGCUGCAGCAGGCGCGCUUGCAACAACAACAGCUCAUGCAGCAUCAGCAGCAGAGGACUUCAAGCCAACAGUCACCUAUGUCCCAUCUCAUUAUGCAACAAAACCAAAUGAUGAGCGUGCAAGGACAGAUACCAAACAUCCACAUGAGCCAGUCUCAAAAUAUGUCGAUGCAGCAGGGCGGGCUGGGAGGCAUGGGCGGCCACCAGGGCAACCCCAUGCACGCCCAGACCGGCCCCAUGCCGACCUCGAUGAUGGCCCAGAACGGUCCCGUGCAGACACAGGCCAACGGACCUCAACAUUCGUUUCCCUCACUCCACAACACGUCUUCCUUCGCGGGACAAACUGCAGACUUCAACCUGGACUUCCUCGACAACAUGCCUUCCACUGACGCGAGCAACAUCACGGCCCAAGAGCUGCUCAACUCUAUAGACAAUUCGUUUUUGAACGACAUCCUUUAAGUCGUGUCCGCGUGCCCCCCCCAACGCCCCGACCCCCGCGGCUCGUGGCGGCGCGGCUCGCUAUGCGUUCGGAAACUGACCAAUUCGAAAUGUGACCAAAGUAAUGAAAUAGAAUUUAACCGCCAGCUUUCGGCUGGAGCGACGUUACCGGAGAGCCGGCGACAUUAAUAUCUCGAUGUAUCAUGUCUUGGACCAUGUUCUUUGUAGACUUUUUACUGUAAAAACAUCUUUGCUUAGUAUUUAUGACUAUUAUUAUUGUAA